AUGAUGUCCGCAAGUAUCUUCGCUCAGCUCAAGGAGGCUUGGGACCUGUCUUUCGUGGAGACGCGCUCUUACUCCGAGCUUGCGGCCAGCAUAGUUCUCUUCGCCCUCGUUCUGGGCUUCCUACGCGCAGUCUACCUACUCUACUUUCAUCCACUAGCAUCCUUUCCGGGUCCAUACCAGGCGGCACUAUCCAAUUGGUGGCAAUACAAUCUGAGCAAGACUGGCCAACAAGAAGAGACACUUGAACAAUUGCACAAAGCAUAUGGCACACGAACACUGAGGAUCGGUCCAAAUGAGCUUCACAUUACUGGUCCCGCGCUCUACCGUACAAUUUACUCACAGAACUACGCCUUUCCCAAACAAAAGUACUUCUACGAUGCUUUCGCCGCACACCACUCUGUGUUUGUCGAGGGCGACAAAGAGCUGCACCGUGUACGACGAAAGCUUCUCAGCAACUUCUUCUCGAAGACGCACAUAAGGUCGAUGGAGAAGACUUUGCUCUCCAAAGCCACCCUCUUAUGCAAUAGGAUAUCGGAGACUAAAGGCAACGGCGCGAUCAACUUCUACUAUGCUUUCAGGUGCCUGACAGUCGAUCUCAUCACGCAAAUGGCUUUCGGAGAGUCUUUCAACUUGCUUACUAAAUCCGAUGACAAUACUUUCGACGCUCCCUUCCACAGGUGCUUUGAUCAAGCCGCCGAGUCACUGUGGACCAUGCUAUACUUCCCUCCUCUCCGGACUAUCGCCUUCAAAUGCCCACCCAGUAUAGCUGCCAAAAUCAGUACAUCAGCCGCAAAAUUCCAGGCUCUCAUCACCGCCACCGCGGAUACCGUAGCCAAUUUCCGACGCCUGAAGACUUCCGGAAAGUCCUUCGACCAUGAACUCGUGUUCGAUUCUUUGGAACACCUGGACGAUGACCUUGUCUUAGCCGAAGCCAUCAGUACUUUGGUCGCAGGCUCCGACACCACGGCCUUCACACUCGCGACUGCUGUCCAACAGAUGAGCGAGGAUCCUGCAAUCUUCGUAAAGCUAAGGAAAGAAUUGCGCGACAGCGGUAUCACGGCGGGCCAAGAUCUCAGCCUUUUGACACUAGAACAGCUUCCAUUUUUGACUGCCUGCGUCAAAGAAUCGUUGCGCUAUGCUAUGCCCGUGCCAGGGCGACUCCCGCGUGUCGCACCGUAUGGAGCAAAGCCGCUCAUCGUCGACGACAAGAUCAUUCCACCUGGAACCGUAGUCGGCAUGUCUGCGUACAGCAUACACUUUGACGAAAGCAUAUGGGGUGAAGACGCCAGAAGCUUCAACCCCGCUCGUUGGUUGACUGGAGACGCAAAAGAGCUGGAGAGAUAUCUCGUGGCCUUUUCCAAGGGUGCAAGGCAAUGUCUCGGGGUCAAUCUUGCCUAUGCAGAGAUCACCCUCACGCUCGCCAUGCUGGUCAAUAGGUUUCGCUUCGAACCUGACGAGACGAUGACGGAAUCUGAUACCCGACGUCUGGACCACUUUACGUAUGAGUUUGAAGGCACUGGCGUUCGUGCUAUUGUCUAUGAGGAUUAG